UCAAAUGCACGGGCCGUACCGCACAAAGCUCCGGCGUUUAGAUGCCAACCGUGCAUGUAUUGGAAACACUCCUACGAAGAAUCAACGCUGCGCUCGUGCAGCAUUCACACGCAACUAAACUGACCGCACUUUCAUAUCUGGUUGUUGCUUAACCUGGUAUUUGAACGUGAAUUCCAAGCAUUGGUGGUGUCACUCGGAUCAACCGCACUGUUUGGGUCAGUCGCAGCUCGUCACUUGUAGCAUCGGGAAAUAUGCAAGAGGGGUCGAGUGAACCACCUUCAGAACACUCCAGAACGAACACCGAGGCUUCCGUGCUCCAACAAGAAGCCGACUCAGUGAGCAGCUUGGACGUGACAGAGCCGCAGCCGGAUCCAGUGGACAGUUUGCCUCGUGCAACAUGUUGUUACUUGGGACUAGGCUCUGCGGUUACUUGCAAGUACGACGGCACGGAAGUCGUGCUCGUGAAACCGACCAAGCAACCUGGCACGCUGGACGGCUACGCCUUCAACCUGGCCUGCAAGUUCGAGACGAAACGGGGCAAGAUUUCUAGCGUGUGCUUCCUGUUCACCCUGUGCGCCGGAAACGAGGACGAUCUUGUACCGUGGCCGUUUGCCAAGCAGGUGUCGCUCAGAAUCGUCGACACCCAGAACCGGGGCAAGGACGUCAGUGUGCCUGUCAAGAUACGUCCAGAACAGGACGCGGACUGCUUCAGAAGGCCUAUUGUGCAUGCGCCGCAGAAGGGAAUACUCUCCGAGAGGAUCGGUUGGAAGCAAGUGAACAGAAAGAAGCUCGUUCGCGACGACUGCUUGGUGGUGGCAGUGCAGUUUCAGUGACGCUCGCUCUGUUGUACUGAUAUUUUUUUUUUUACGCCCUUGGAGGCUUAACGUUGUCCAGUAACGGUAAUUGUCAUCAAUUUUGCGCGUGCUUCAUCUAUUCCUACGCGUCUGGCACUUUGCUGUCUGAAGCUAACUGAAGCGCUAUUGACAGGAAAGUAGGCGCGGUGUGAUGCGUUGAAUAAAGGAAGCCCACAAAGAAUUGGUGAAUUGAUUAUAUCGUUGUGGGACAAAACUAA